AUGGAACCCGACGUGUGGAGUCCCCGAGUCCCCGCCCGCCGCUGCAGCCGGCUCCGGCGGGGCGAACGAGCGGCCCAAGGCCCCGCGCAGCCCGCGAGCGCUCACCUCUCCCUGAGGCCGCUGCCGCGUUCAGCUUCCUUCCUGGCCCUGGGGAGGAGAGGCGGUACAGCUUGGUCAUUUGGCCAGACUAUCCGGCUGGUGCUGAGACUGGAGAACAAGUUUAAGACAGAGUUCCCCAGGGGUGGGGAGAUGCUGCUCCUGGGUGCCGCAGGGGUGCUCUACUGGCAGCUUGUACUUCUAUUAAAGCAGUGUUGGAGUUACCCAGUCAUCAUGGCAGUGUCUCUGCACUCUGAGUGCAAAUUCUUCCCAAAUGUCAUUCUAUCAUCUCAGUCAUCUGGGCAGUCAGUACAAAGUGGGCUUCAGACUGAUGAGUCUGGGACUCCAAGAGUACAGAGGUGGCAACUGUUUUUCUACUGUGCCUAUUCCUCAGGUAUGCCAACUGCUCAGGAAUGAUACUGCUUCUGUUACAUGGACAUUUUGGCCCCACUGCCUGGGAAGACACUCACCGAAGUCGUGGUGAUAUCGCCCUGUUUCAGACACUUCCAGAAGUUCCACCACCAGAUCUAUGGUAACUGUUAUACCUUUAAGCGUGUCUGAACUGCACAAUGCCCUGGCAUCACAGAUGCAAGAUCCCAGUUCUGCAGCCACAAACAACAUGGAGCCUGGGGUCAUUGCUUCUACCGACUCAACCAGGACCUGGAACCCCUCCAGCUUCCUUUGUGCUUAAAGCAAGAUCUGUGGAGCCAAAGCUGGAGCAAGAACCAGAGGUGGGUAUAUCGCCAAGGACACAUCCUGCUUCUCCUCUGUCCCCAUCCAAAAGGCAGUGUGACCAAGGUAAGCAUUCUCUAUCAGGGGCUUAACUACCAUGUUUUAGAUGAGGCAACAAUAUACUCUGUGAGUGGUUGGAGAGAUCUAGGGCUAGGGUUGGGAACAAGGCCUAUGGUUAACCACUCUCACCUUUUCUGAGGUGGUUGAAUAGAGGCAGGUCCACACAGUCCUGCUCAUAGGUGGUGUCUAGUAGACCCUGAUGGACUUACUGCCUGUCUACCCACAGGUUCCACAGGGGCACUAUGCCAUGGGCAGCCUCUGGAAACUGGUUCAGCUCAUCUGUCCUCUGUGCUGGAGUUGGAUAGCUCUUUGUUUCCACUGGCUCUCCUUCGAGGAAGGUGUCCUGGCUGGGAGUCAGCACUGCUUCAGGGUAGCCCACAUCUCCAUGCAGGCCAGCCUGAGAUCUCUACCCCAAGCUUCAGUGGGUGAUGCCAAAGGUCAUCAGGGGAUGAGCUUACAGAGAUGCUCCCAGGAUCUUUGGAGGAUCUGUUUCAGUCUAAGAACUGAACUAAACUCCAGGCCCUUGAGAUUUUUGUUCAUUUUUGGAGAUGGUUUCUCUGUGUAGUGCUGGAACCAGACUGGCUCCAAACUUAGAUAUUUUCAUUCCUCUGCCUCCUAAGUACUGGGAUUAAAGGUGUGUAUCACCAUCCCCAGAGCUAACAACUGAACUAACCCAGUAGUGCCAUCCAAUCCCUCAGUAUAAGUUUGGGAGCUGUAGCAGCAGAGGGUUCUCUAGUUGCCCUGAGUGAGCCAAACUAGCAAUUUGAGGGCCCAGAAAGCAGUAACAUCUGACCCAUGUAGAAACUAAGUAUAUCCAACAUGCCAAGGACUCUACCCACUUACCCUGCCAGGUGAUGGUCCCUUGGGUUGAGGGGAAUCCCAAGACAGGGCUGUGAAGUUUCCCCUCUCUAUACUUGGAAACUCUGGAUAUGAGCAUGUAUCCAUUCAUGCUCAGAUGUGCGAAGAGGGACUUCUACACAGUGGAGUCUGUUAUCACAUUUGUCUGUAUAUGUUACACACACACACACACACACACACACACACACACACACACACGCACG